AUGCAAGCCGUGGGCGCCGAUUGUAGGCGCAUCCGGCUCGCUCCGGUGCGGCAGCUGGCCUUUGCAGCAAAACGGAGCCUGCACCGCUCCUCGGUGCUUCACAACGAGGCUACCGAGCAAGCUCCUGGUAUCCCAUACCAGGACCUCACCGUCGGCAUCCCGCGCGAGACAUACCCUUCCGAGAACCGUGUGGCUGUGACGCCCGCCGGCGUCGCAACACUCCUCAAGAAGGGCUUUGGGCGCGUGCUCGUCCAACGCGGCUCUGGCGUGGGGGCCAACUUCCCCGACGAUGCGUACGCCGCGGCUGGCGCCGUGAUUGCCGACGAGAUCAAGGCCGACAUCACGCUCAAGGUGCGCCCGCCAACACUCGAGCAGGUCGCCGCGCUCUCCGCAGACUCGACACUCAUCUCCUUCCUCUACCCAGCCGUGAACAAGGAUCUCGUCGAGGGGCUGCGUAAGGGCGGAGUCAACUCAUUCGCGAUGGACGCGAUCCCGCGCACAUCGCGCGCCCAGACCUUUGACGCUCUGAGCUCGAUGGCCAAUACGGCCGGAUACCGCGCCGUGCUAGAGGCAGGUAACGAGUUUGGGCGCUUCUUCACGGGUCAGGUGACUGCUGCCGGAAAGAUUCCCCCUGCCAAGGUCCUUGUCAUCGGCGGUGGUGUCGCCGGUUUGUCAGCCAUUUCGACUGCGCGCCGCAUGGGCGCCAUCGUGCGUGGCUUCGACACGCGCCCCGUGGUUAAGGAGCAGGUCGAGUCGCUCGGCGCCGAGUUCCUUACGGUCGAGAUCGAUGAGGAUGGCUCGGGUACCGGCGGAUACGCAAAGGAGAUGUCCAAGGCUUUCCUCGACGCUGAAAUGGCCCUGUUCCUCCAGCAGGCUCGGGAUGUUGACAUCAUCAUCACCACUGCUCUGAUCCCGGGGCGGCCAGCUCCCAAGCUUCUCUUCGAGAACCAUGUCGGGGCUAUGAAGCCUGGGUCGGUCAUCGUCGAUCUCGCCGGCGAGACUGGCGGUAACUGUGUGCUCACCAAGCCAGGCGAGAAGGUCGUGACUCCCAAUGGCGUGACCAUCCUCGGCUACACCGACCUCCCAUCGCGUCUCCCGACCCAGUCCUCAACCCUCUACUCAAACAACAUCACCAAGUUCCUCCUGGAGAUCGGCGGCGAGGGCCGCUUCAACGUCAACCUUAAGGAUGAAGUUGUGCGCGGCGCCCUCGUCACGUACAACAAGGAGGUAAUGUGGCCUGCGCCGCAGUCGACAACCGCCCCCGCCGCGGCCGUUGCUCCGAAAAAGCCCGCGCCCAGGGUUGAAGAGCCCAAGAUCGAGAAAACGCCGUGGCAGAAGGCUGUGAGCACCGUCGGUAUGACGACGGGCGCGGUCGGCGGCACACUCGCCCUCGGCAAGCUCACUGGUCCGGCGUUCAUGCUUAACUUCAACACCUUCGGUCUGGCCGGCCUUGUCGGCUUCAACGCGGUCUGGAAUGUCACCCCGGCUCUUCACUCUCCCCUCAUGUCUGUUACCAACGCUCUUUCCGGUCUUGUCGGUGUCGGUGGCCUCUACGCCAUCGGCGGCGGCUACGUCCCGACCACGUUCCCCGAGUACCUUGGCGCGGCGUCCGUCCUCCUGGCUAACCUGAACAUCUUCGGCGGUUUCCUGACCACCAAGCGCAUGCUCGACCUGUUCCGCCGUCCUGGUGACCCACCAGACUACGCGUGGCUUUACGGUGUGCCGGCGGUACUCUUUGCGGCGGGUAUUCUGUGGGCUUGGCAGUCGGGUCAGGACGGCCUCGUGCAGGCCGGCUACACCAUUGCGACGUUCCUCAGCAUUGGUGCUCUGACUGGUCUCAGCUCGCAGGCUACUGCCCGCCUUGGUAACUCUCUCGGCAUCCUGGGCGUCUUCGUCGGCAUGCUCACUGCGGUCCUCGCCGUCGGCUUCACCAAGGAGCAGCUCAUGCAGGUUGGCAUGCUCACCGCCAUUGGUGGCGGCGCAGGCCUCGCCAUUGGCCGCCGUGUCUCUCCCAUGGCUCUUCCCCAGACUGUCGCGGCGUUGCAUUCGGUGGUCGGUCUCGCGGCCGUCAUGACCUCCGCAGCUGUCGUGCUGCAGGGAAGCGAGCACGCGUCAACCACCCUGGGCCUCACUGCCGCCUACCUCGGCGUCCUGAUUGGUGGCAUCACCUUCACCGGCUCGAUCGUCGCGUACGCCAAGCUCGCUGGACGGAUGGGCUCGAAGCCCAUGAUUCUCCCCGGUCGCCAUAUCAUGAACGCCGGUAUCAUUGGCACCAACCUCGCAGCGAUGGGCACCUUUGUUACCAUGGGCGCGGGCGUGCCCGCUAUCGCAGCCGGCUGCCUGUUGGGCAACACCUUCCUCAGCUUCCUGCAGGGCUGGACAACCUCGGCAGCGAUCGGUGGCGCUGACAUGCCCGUCCUCGUCACCGUUCUGAACGCGUACUCUGGAUUCGCCCUCGUCGCCGAGGGCUUCAUGCUCGACAACAUGCUCCUCACGUCUGUCGGCUCGCUGAUUGGCGCGUCCGGCUCCAUCCUGUCGUACAUCAUGUGUAAGGCGAUGAACCGCUCGCUGGCCAACGUCAUCUUCGGCGGCAUCGGAACCACGACGUCCACGACCGACACGACCAAGGGCCUGACGGUCUCCAAGACCACGAUUGAGGACACUGUCGAGGCGCUGAAGGACUCAGACAGCGUGGUCAUCGUCCCCGGCUACGGCAUGGCUGUCGCCAAGGCGCAGUACUCGAUCGCCGAGAUGGUGAAUGAGCUUCGCGCCGCUGGCAAGGAAGUGCGCUUCGGCAUCCACCCCGUUGCGGGCCGUAUGCCGGGCCAGUGUAACGUGCUCCUCGCCGAGGCGGGUGUCCCCUACGACAUCGUGCUCGAGAUGGAUGAGAUUAAUGACGACUUUGGAGACGUCGACACGGUCCUUGUGAUCGGCGCCAACGACACGGUCAACCCCAUUGCCCUCGAGCCCGACUCGCCUAUCGCAGGCAUGCCAGUGCUGCAGGUGUGGAACGCGAAGAACGUUGUCGUGAUGAAACGCGGGAUGAGUGCGGGCUACGCCGAGGUGCCCAACCCGCUCUUCUAUUACCCGAACACGAAGAUGCUCUUCGGCGACGCCAAGGGUACGUGCGAGGGGCUGGCCAGCGGGCUCAAGGAGAAGAAGGAGUAA